GCCAAAGUGUCAGUGAAAAAAAUUGGCGUCAGUUGUGAAAUAGGGAGACUCUCUUUUUCAAUUCUUAGUUUUCUGUGAUUUUUACACUUUUGCAGAGAUGUCUGAAAGUAAUAAUGAUGAAAUAAAUGAGAAUGAUGUGAUAAAAAUCCUCGUGACAACGGACAAUCACUUGGGCUACGAGGAGAAGGACUCUAUCCGGGGAGAUGAUAGUUUUGUUUCUUUUGAGGAGUGCUUACAGCACGCUCAUGAUCACAAUGUGGACAUGAUUCUUCUGGGUGGAGAUCUCUUUCAUGUUGCUAGUCCUUCGCAGAAUUCUAUGAAUCGCUGUAUCAAACUUCUGCGGAACUAUGUCUUGGGAGACAAACCCAUUGAAUUGGAAUUUAGGAGUGAUCAAUCGGUGAAUUUCUGGGACUCUCUCAAUCGCACCGUGAACUAUGAAGAUCCGAACAUGAAUAUUGCCAUUCCUACAUUUUCCAUUCAUGGUAAUCAUGAUGAUCCUAGUGGUUAUGGAAGGCUCAGUUGUAUGGACAUUGUGGCCAGUACUGGACUCCUCAACUACUUCGGGAAGUGUCUCAAUCUGGAGAAAGUUGUGGUGAGUCCAUUGAUGAUUGUCAAGGGAGCUACACAGCUGGCACUAUCUGGCAUCAGUCACAUCCACGAUUCGCGUCUCGUGAGGCUCUUUGAGGCAGGAAAUGUGAUUUUUGAGAAUGUGACAAAUGAGAACGAAUGGUUCAAUUUGUUGGUACUGCACCAAAAUCGUGCUGACAGGGGCAGAAAGAAAUUUAUUCCUGAGGAAGUGCUGCCUAAAUUUUUGGAUCUCGUAAUUUGGGGACACGAACACGAUAGUCACAUUGAUCCUGAACAGAAUCUCAAAACAAAGUUUUUUGUCUCACAACCCGGUUCCACUGUUGCCACGUCCCUCAGUGAGGGCGAAUCCUUGCCUAAGCACUGUGGCAUCCUCAAGAUCUACCGUAAGCAAUUCGAUAUGGUGUCUAUAAAACUUCAGACUGUACGCCCAUUUGUCUUUGGGAAUCUCAGUCUGGAUGACUACGAGGAUGAGCUCAAUGAGCCACGUACAAAACUGGUGGAUCAGAUUGACAAGGUGAUCACCCGAAGGAUUAAUGAGAUGAUUGAACGUUCUAAGGAACAACUCACCGGACAUCCAAAACAACCGACCCUACCUCUUAUUCGCCUGAGAGUUCAAUUCUCCAAGGAGAGCUAUUCCUUCACACCAAAUGCCAUCCAAGUGCAGUUCAUGGAUAAAGUCGCCAAUCCCAAUGACAUCAUCUUGAUCCAAAGGCAUGUUACCCGGACGAAACUGGACAUCAAAGUAGAUGAGACUGCUUUCACGGAUGCUUUCGACAAGGAGCGUCAAAAUGAGAACUUUCAGGUUGAGGAUGUGGUCAAUCGGUACUUCACCACAGUUGAGGGCGCCAAGAAUUUAGAAAUCCAGUCGACAAAGUGUAUGGGUGAAGUGUGUCGUCAUCUGCUCCGAGAAGAUGAUGAUGCUGCUGAGAAGUUGAUUGAGUAUCACAUUGAAAUGGCCAUAAAUCAUCUUCAGGAAAAAAUCCCUGAUAUUGACGGCAUCGAUGAAGAACUGGAGAACUUUUCGGCCAAGGCCACUGAGACAUUCAACAAAGCUCUGGAAAUGCUUGAUAAAAGUGGAUUCAAAAAAGUUUCUGCAGCUCGAGAUGCUUUUGCAUCUAAUUCCCUGAUUUCUGAUGACGAGCCAGAUACGGGUGAUCCUAGUGAUAGUGCGGCUUCUGCACCGGCUCGAGGGAGAGGCAGAGGGGCAACCAGAUCGACACGUGCCCGAGGAAGAACACCAAGAGGCGGCAGGGGAGCUAAAGCUAAAUCUCCGCCUCCUGCACCAAAAAACACGUCAUCCAAAAGGCAAUCAUCAAUUGUGGAGUCAUUUUCCCAGGCAUUGUCCCGUCAGACACGCACCACCAGGAGCAACCGAAAGGUUGUUUAUCUAUCCGAUGAUUCAGAUUAAUUUUAUAACAUAUUUUAUUUUUUUUAUAAUAAAAAUUUCCAUUUAAA